AUGAAGCGAUUCACGUCCGCAGACUUCAAUCGCAUGCUGGCCGAAGGCCAAGGCAGGUCCUCAGUUGCUGACUCCGGAGCUGGAUCCUCUGGGGAUCGGUUGCGGCUGAUCGAAGAGAACUACAAGCUGCGUGAUCAGCUCAAGCGCCAGGAAGGGAAAGAGACCCGUGAGCGUUCGCGGUCACCCAAUAGGAAGGUCAAGCGCGAAUCCACUGACGAGGAGGAAGAGCGCAUCAUCCGCGAGAACAAGCGCCGCGACAGGAGCAAGAGCAGGCGAGCACGUUCCACGAAGCCGGAACGGCGUACGCCAAAAGGGAGUGUUGGCGUCUUCCUCAAAGAGAAGGCCGCGAGGAGCGAGGAAACUCCGACCGCUUCGGAAGGAGUUCCUCAGAAGGCUUCGGACGGAACCUCUCCGAAGAAGCCAGACAAGCGCCGCCCUCGUGAGCCGGCAUAUCCUCCCGGGGUGAAGGCGAUGGAAUCCCCGGAAGAGCGCGAAGCGAACAAACGCGAGCGCGAAGAGUCCGAGAAGAAGGAGAAGAAGCCUAAGGUGAAGGCAAUGCCAUCGAAGGUGAAGGCCAAGCCAAAGGCCCCGGAUUCGAAGUCGGAUGCAAAGCCGGCGAACUCCGGAUUCACCAGCGGUGCAUUGGGGAUGCUUCGAUCCGCACUUGCAUCGAACCUCUCCUCAGAGAUCGAGACUGAGGAGGACCCGGACAAGAAGGCCGAGCUGGAGAAGCAGAAGAAGGAGCUCCAGCGUGACACGCCUCGCCAGUCGAUCAAGAUCACCGAGGACAACAUGCGCGACCAAAGCUUCCACGACUCCAGGUACUAUGCUGACGUGGCGGCUGGCAAGCCGCAUCACAUUGCCUGGAAGAACGAGAAAGGCCGUCGUCGGACGAUCUUGGACCGGCGAAGCGGUUUGGUCGAUCGAGCGUCAGAGAAGCUUGAACUUGAUGACAAGUGGCACUCCAAGCAUAACGCGCCAGGAACUGGCAAGAAGCGCAAGGAUCUCGAUGGCCUCAACGCCGAUGUGGAUACCGAGGUUGUGGAAGAUCGCAAGGACAAGUCGAAGCCGAUCGAGCGUCGAGAUGAAGCCGUGCCUUUGAGCCGGAAGGAACGCGAAUCCUUCCAGCAGUUCCCGGAUGACGAGAAGGCAGUGCUUGAGCGGCCAGCGACCCGCAAGGCAGCUGAGCCUCGCAUCCGCGGAAAGGACUACUACAAGCGCAAGCGUGAGGCACGCAAGGAGCGGAAGCGUCAGGCCAAGCAUGAGGCCGAGCGCACGCGGCAGCGACGCCACAGCUGGGAUGACCAGUACAACAACUGGCAGGAGGACGAAGAGGAGGAGGCGCCCGAAGUCCAUGAUUCGGGUUCAGAGCCGAAUGAGACGGAUGAAGAGCGAUCGGAUUCCGAGCUCAAUUCGUUCUCGGCACCUCCGAACGCGUCGUUCGGAGAGCCGCAUGUCGUUGAGGAGCGCAGCUACAAGACCGCGUCGGCUGAGUCGCUGGCGGAUGAAGGCGGAGUUGUCCUUCGUGGGACGGACGCCAAUGGGAGCUCGAAGAUUUUGGAAGGCCGGGUCACAGGCGUUCAUCGCACCCUGGCCUCGGGAGCGAAGGUGGCAAAGCACCGCCACAUUGCGCUCGGAGCCCGUGGCGGAUUGCUGAUCCCGAAGGACUCCAAGGCUGGAAAGGAGUAUUCAGCCUUCACUGACAAGCUCUAUAAGAAGCAUGAGGGAAUGACUCCGGAUGCUCCAGCCGCGUCGGCCGGGGCACCCGAUGAGGAAUCGGGAGAAGAGGUUGGAGAGGAGCAAGCGCAGGUGAUUGUAAAGCGAUCACCGGCGGAUCCUACAGCUCAAGAGGACGAAGAGGGUAGGAUUCCGCAUGUUUCACUCGACUACUGCUACAUGAACGCAGGGCAGGAAAAGAGAAGCGACUCGGAGGGCGACGGCAUUUUGCCGUGCCUGAUCGUGAAGUGUCACAAGACGGGUCGUUAUUGGGCGAACGUGGUUCCAUCGAAAGGGGCAGAUUUGUUUUCUGUAGUUUGGUUGAAGGCUUGCCUCAAUGAGACAGGUUUAAAUGAGCUUGGUUUGAAGAGUGACAACGAGCCGGCCAUCCUUGCUCUGAAAGGCAAAGUGAAGGAGGAAAGUAAGCUGAAGAUUCACAUGGUUGAAGCGCCAGUGGAAGAUCAUCAAGCAAACGGGUACAUCGAGGUCGGUGUACGGGAGCUCAAGCGUCAGGUGAGGGCCAUCUUGUCUGACCUGCAGGAACGACUUGGGUUCGAGGUUGAGCCAAGUCAUCCAUGCAUGAUGUGGCUGCCACGGCACGCCGCAUAUCUUCUGACCCGGUUUCGCAUUGGGCCAGAUGGGAAGACUCCCUAUGAAAGAACCUUCGGAAAGAAGUGGAGGACUUGUUUAGUGAGCUUCGGCGAACACAUCCUGUUCAGGCCAAGGCCACUUCGUGAUGGUCGACGACAUGAUCUUGCACCAAGAGUUUCAAUGGGGAUGUAUGUUGGCACAGGGUUGCGCAACAACGACGUCUUCGUCAUGACCGCGAGGGGAAUAGUGAAAGGUAACACUAUCGCCCGAAGACCUCCCGAAGAUCAGUUCAAGUACGAGGACUGGAGUGAACUCCGGGGAGUUCCGUGGAGACUCGAGGCUCGUGAGCCUGGCGAGGUUCGAGUUGACCUGCCAGUCGUUGCAGGGCCAAUGACAAGGCCACCAGUUGAGGAGGUGAUUCCAAGGAAUCUCUAUGUGACGAAGAGCGACAUCGACAAGUUCGGAUACACCCCACUGUGUCCAGGUUGUGAGGCACAGUUGAUGGGAACGGGUCGUAGAGCCCAUAACCCAGAGUGCAGGUUUAGGAUUGAGAGCGAGCUCAUGAAGACCGAAGAAGGAAAGCAGAGGAUCGAAGCUGCAAAAACUCGGAUUGAUGCCGGGCGACGCCCUAAGGCUCCAAGAGUUGGAGGUGGGGCUGGCGAGCCAGAGGUUGUGGAAGCUGCCAGCGUUCCCGCGUUGGUAGGUGUUCCAGAGCCUGAUGCCGAAAUGGCCUCGGGAGAAGCUGUUGGAGAACCACUUGAACGAGUUGCACGUCGCGAACUCGAAGACCGAGGAGAAGAUCCCGGAAGCCCAAAGAAGAAGCAGAAGUCCGCUGUCCGCCGGACUAAGCGAAGUUCGGAGGCAGACAUUGAAGAGCUGCAUCACCAGAUGCAGGAUGAAGCAACUGCAGGCGCAGUUGUAGAUGACGAAGGGGCAGCGGUAAUGGGACCACUCCCAUCGGCGGGGAGCACAGAUCCUCAGCCACCAAGAGUUCCAGUCGCAGCUCCAGACAUUUCAUCUGGAGGCAGCGGCGCCAUGGAUCUAGGACAUCUUUCAGAUUGUCUUUGUUCUGUUUUGAGAGAUGCCCGCAAGAAGGGCAACGUACAGAAGACUGCUUCAGAGAUCUUUUCACCGCCAAGAGUUUCAGCGCAAGCCCAAUUGGUUGGAUUGUCACAAAGGUUGCAAGAAGGCAAGAAGCAUCUGCGAACUUCAGUGCGCGCCUAUCGUGUACAGAUGGACGCAGGCCGCUACUUUUUGCAUGAGCAUCCGAAAGGAGCACGCAGCUGGGAAGAGCCAGUCAUCAAAGAACUUCGAAACGAUCCACGUGUUUACGAAGUUGUUGGGCCUAUGUGCAGGUGGAAAAUGGAAUCAGAAGACGCGCGGGACAAGGGCCUAGUGAAGAAAGAAACCAGGUGGCUGACCAACUCGCCGCACUUGGCGAGGACGCUAUCUGGCGUAUGCUCCAAUAGCCAAGGCAAGACUUGGCACCGACGCGUCAACCUCAUCAACGGUCGGGCAAGAUCGGCACAGGUCUACCCGCCACUGUUGGUUCGAGGGAUUCUUGAAGCGUUGAGAAACCAACUUGCCGAAGAUGGUGAGUUCAGCCAAGCUUUGAACUCGCUGGGUGCUGGACCGGUACCAGAUGCCGCUCCAGUCAUAGACGAAGAGCAAGAGGUCUUUGACCAUCUUCCUUCCGCUGACGUGACAGUGUUCGCAAUCCUUUGCCGGAAGGCCCGUGUGUU